AUGGCGCUCAUUUCGUCCACGACAAUCAUCACCUCCAUCUCCCUCUUCCAUCUCACUCUCGCCUACUUUUUUCUCGUCAAUCCUCGCACCAUCGAUGACCAAGUCCUCGUAUGGGUCAUGGGCGAAAGCAUGGGCAUGCCCAUCGCUCGCGGUCUAGACACCCAGAGUCCAGCACUAGGCAUACUAUCCAUCAUCCUCGCCAUGCUGGGUCUGAGCGAUCUUGUGUCUCUCUCCAUGCCCGAGGAAGUCGCAUUGAUUUACUACUGGGGUGCCCAAGCUCCCCUUCGCGCCCUCUUCUCCAUGGCCAUCCUCUUCUACGUCUACAUGUUCGGCCCCUCGUCCCCCAUCUACCAGUCCGAAUCGCCCCGGGGCCCCUUGACCGCUCCCUCGGGUUAUAACCCGUCAUACGUCCCCGCUAAAUGGGGCGGCGACGUCCUCAAAAACCGCGUCGUCUUCGCUCUCAUGUUUGUCGAGAUGAGCUCCUGGUUCUGGGCUUGGAUGACCCUACGCGAGGAUCGGUAUGCCCUCGUUCAGAGGAUGCGGGCGGCCGAGGACAAGGAAAACUAA